AGUGGAGUUGGGAGCUGGAGUGCAACCGAACAAGCUCCUAGACAAACCCCUUCCGCAAAACCGCAAACCCCUUUUAUGCCAUCCCCACCCACGAAGGAAGCCCGCACCGCAGACGCCCCGCGCCGCGUCAAGAACACACAGAGAGGACGAAGCACGGUCUGGGAGAGCGAGAGCCGCAGCGGCGAGGUUCCAGCCAUGGCGGUGAGCAACAACAUCACGGCGUGCGUGACGCUGAUGGCGCUCAUCUGCGCCGUCCCCGUCAUCGCCUCGGGGGUGUGGUUCGCGUCGGCGCAGGGGGAGGAGUGCGCGCGGCUGGCGCGCUGGCCUGUGGCCAUCCUGGGCGGCCUCAUCCUCCUGGCGGCGCUGGCGGGCUUCGUCGGCGCCUACUGGAACCGCCGCCGCCUCCUCGCCUUCUACCUCUUCGCCAUGGCGGCGCUCAUCGCCCUCCUCAUCGCGCUCCUCGUCUUCGCCUUCGCGGUCACCCGCGGCUCCGGCGCCUACCCGGUGCUCGGCCGCGAGUACGACGAGUACCGCCUCGACGGCUUCUCCAUGUGGCUGCGCGGGUACGUCUCCGACGACCCCGCCCGCUGGGAGGGGAUUAGGUCCUGCCUCGCCGUCUCUGACACCUGCAAGAAGCUCGCCCGGCAGGCCGGCUACGUCACCGCCGACCAGUUCUACCAGUCCCACCUCACGCCGCUCCAGUCGGGCUGCUGCAAGCCCCCGUCGGUGUGCGGGUUCGGGUACGUGAGCCCGACGGUGUGGACGAACCCGGCGCGGCCGGCGUCGGACCCGGACUGCGGCCUGUGGGGCAACGACCCGGCGCAGCUGUGCUACGAGUGCGAGUCGUGCCGCGCGGGCCUCCUGGCGGCGCUGCGGAGCCAGUGGCACAAGGCCAACAUCGCGCUCGUCGUCGCCACCGUCUCGCUCGUCUUCCUCUACCUCAUCGGCUGCAGCGCAUACAAGAACGCGCACGCCGAGGCCAUCUACCGCCGCUACAAGUGGUGAUUCCUAUCACGAAUUUGUUCCCAUGUAAUAUUCUUGCUUCGAAUUAGUAGUAGCAGCUUGGUAACUGGUUGUAAGCUAGUGGAGGAAGAUGGACACUUAAGAUUUAUGGUUUGCGCAUGCAUGUUUCGUGGAGAAUUUUAGCGAGAUGCAUGCGCUGUUGGUGUUGAUGUCCAUGUUGUAAUAUGCAGUAGAGAUGUGCUUCAGAUUUAUGGUUAAGAAUUUUAGUAUUAUGUUCUGCUGA